AUGGCUGAAGAAACUGUGACACCUGAACCUGAAAUUGUAAAGAUUUCCGUUUUCACUCCAUUGAUUUAUGUGGGUGUGGUAUUGUCGAUAUUUAUUACAUUUUCAAUCAUAUAUAGAAAGAAAAGAUUGCAAUCAUUGACUAAGGUGGAACCGCUUUUCAAAGAAAAUUACACUGCUGUAUUGUACCAACAGUUAAAGGAUCAAUAUACCAAUAAAGAUUUGCCUAAAGAUCAGAGACCUCAUGAAAAAGUGAUGAAGGCAGCAUUAUUGAGACGUGCAGUUGAAGCCAUUAGAAGAUCAAUGAAAUUGAAAGAGAAUGAACCGGUAUUUAAUAAAUUAUAUCAAAAUGGAUUAAUUGGUGAUGAUAUUUUCAAGCAAUAUCAAAUUCAAAUAAAAUUCCAGGAAUUGGAAUUGAAAGAUAUCGUUGCUGAAUGUGAAACUUAUAAAAAAGGUUGGGUUCAAACGUUUUUCCCAUUGGCACAAGAAAUAUGUUUCAAUGAAGCAUUAAGAAGAAGAUUGAAAGCACUGGAUGAUAGAGCAGAAAAAUUUAGUGAAUUGUGGGAAGUCGACGCUGAUGAAUCUGAAAAAUCAUUAGAAUCAGCAAAGAAAGUUGAGCCAAAGAAAAAAGUGGAGCCAGUGAAAAUCGAGGAGAAACAGGAUAAGGAAAAAGAAAUCGAUGAUAAGGUUGGAGAGGAAAAGGAAGAACAAGAAAAAGAAGCAGAUGAAAAACACCAAGCUGGUGAUAACGACUCUUCAAAAUCAAAGAAAAAGAAAAAAAACAGCAAGACAAAGAAAAACUAG